AGGAGACUCUAGGUUCAUACAUACACCAUCAUCCCCAGCGUGGAUAGGUAUAUAGACAUUUUAAGGUCUCGAGCGGCGAUCAGAUCGGAACAAUCCAGAGAGUUUUCCCGUAUCGAUUUCAUUUCUUCCAUAUUUGUAAAGGAGUUAUGAGCGCCCAUUACAACCGACCAAAUCAAUGAGCAACGAUUUCAUACGUCAUGCAUUAACAGAAGGGAUAGGGAAGCAAAACACUCGACUUGAGGAAGCCGAUCUGGAAAAUCUUCCUCCGCCCUUCCCACCUGCCCCCUCUCCCUCUCUCUUUCUCCCCCUUGUGCUUUUGUUUAAUAUUUUCAAAAACAAAGGCAAAAGUUGUCCACUUUCUACUCUCUGUGCUGGCAAUUAAUGUCCCCCUCCUUCCUCUCUCCCAUCUACCCAUGCCUUGUUAAGCUCUCCCACACACUCGCACACUGUCCCUCUCUCUCUACUGCUAGCUCUUCUUCUCUCCCAGCACCAGAAAGAAGGAAGCUCGUGCAGUGCCUUCUGCAAUUCGACUCCCCAGUCACAUUCUCAAUGCUGAAGUGAAACUCCCCAGCUUCCUCUCCUCAUAAGCUGGUCUUGUUGUCAAGUCAGCAUCAGCAGUUCCGAGGGAUGUGCAUUUGACUAAGAUAAACAGAUUCCAGUUCUCAGUUUAGGUGCAGGAGAAGGGAUCUUUCCAUGCUUGAAUAAUCUUUUCCUCAGUUGACAAUUCAACCGUCGGCCCUGUUAUGUGAGAUAUAUUGAUCUUUGUCUGCAUCGAAUGUCUUCUCGUGGAAGCUGAUAGAAUGGGAGGCUGUGUAUCAACGAGCAGUCGGAGUACGUGCAGCAGCAGGAGCAAUGGAGAGACAGUGCCUCCUUCUUGUCUCGGAAUUGGGUUUUGUGGGCAAAAAAGAACCAAGAGGACAUUCUCGGAACAUCACGUUGCGCAUCAGCAUUUGCCUUCCAUACCCAAUCGGAUAUUUAUGAAUGGAAAGAGCCGAACCUCCUGCAUAUUCACCCAGCAAGGCCGCAAGGGCAUUAAUCAAGAUGCUAUGAUUGUGUGGGAAGACUUUAUGAUGGAGGAUACAAUUUUCUGUGGAGUUUUCGAUGGUCACGGUCCUUACGGUCAUCUGGUUGCCCGCAAAGUGAGGGAUGCAUUGCCAGUGAAGCUACAGACCGUUCUACAUUCUAGCAGUUCAAAGCAAAAUGCUUCGGGUGGGAGUUGUUUUACAGCUAUUUCAAAGAGAAUGGACGAAUCCGUGGGUGAUCCUGAGAAGGAGGGAUCAGCAGAGGAGAAGUUGAAUUCCUUGUGGAGAGAAGCCUUCUUGAAGUCGUAUAAAGCCAUGGAUAAGGAGCUCAGAUCCCAUCCUAACUUGGACUGCUUCUGCAGCGGCAGCACGGCUGUAACUAUUGUUAAACAGGGAUUGAAUCUCUUCAUCGGAUACAUUGGAGAUUCUCGGGCAGUCCUGGCAUCGAAGGACACUAAUGAUUCGAUGGUGGCAAUACAGUUGUCAGUGGAUAUGAAGCCCGAUUUGCCAAGUAAGCCCAAUUUCGUUUCGCAUUACAGCUUCCUUAGAAAACUAUGCUUCUUUAAUAUGACUUCCUCCUUAGGCAAAUCCUGCUUAUUUGAUGCAAAUUCCAUGUAUAUUAUUAUUAUUCCAUGUUUAGGGGAAGCUGAAAGGAUUAAAAGGUGUAAAGGCAGGGUAUUUGCACUGCAAGAUGAACCUGAAGUUCCCAGGGUUUGGUUGCCAUUUGACGAUGCCCCGGGCCUAGCAAUGGCCCGAGCAUUUGGGGAUUUCUGUCUGAAGGAGUAUGGUGUGAUUUCGAUACCCGAGUUUUCUCACCGGGCACUCACUGAUAGAGACCAGUUUAUCGUCCUCGCCUCUGAUGGGGUCUGGGACGUUUUGAGCAAUGAAGAGGUGGUGGAGAUUGUAGCCUCGGCUACGACCCGAUCCUCAGCUGCAAGGAUCCUUGUCGACUCAGCUGCUCGUGAAUGGAAACUCAAGUACCCAACCUCAAAAAUGGAUGAUUGUGCAGUUGUUUGCUUAUUCCUAGAUGGGAAGAUGGACUCAGAGUCAGAUUAUGAAGAGCAGGGCUUCUCUUCUGCAACAGUUCAGAGCAAUCACUCGGGCAAUGCCCUUGAGCCGGAUGAUGCGCAGAGGUCCGAACCAACUCUGCAGAGGAAUUUCACAGUGAGGUCCUCAGAUGAGAACCUAAAUGAUCCUUAUGCUAAGGCUCACACUGAAAGUGAUAGAAAUGGAGAGUUUGGAGUCGGUGAAGAUCAGAACUGGUCUGGCCUAGAAGGGGUUACUCGUGUGAACUCUCUCGUCCAAUUGCCGAGAUUCUCAGAGGAAAGGCCGAAUCUAUAGUAUCUUCAUUUUGUUGGUCUUUCACCCUCUUCUGAAAGACAGUGCGUUCUAGCUUUUGUUGCAUUCUGUAAUAUUGUAUGGUUUCAUUUUGAGCCUCUGAAAUCCAUGGAUAAAAUCGUUCUGGAUAUUUGGCUUCUUGGUAGGAAGUGCACGCUGUGUAAAUUCUUGUGCCUCUGUAUUUUGUUCUGUCGGGCGAAAACCUUGCGUUUGUGAAGUUUCUCUAA